GUAAUUUACCCUAAUAAUAAUUGGUCUCCGUCCGUUAAAAAACACCCUUCCCGAGCUUCCCUGUUAUCCCUCCACCCUCCAUUUUUGUACAUUUCUCCUGCUUCUUCUCUCUGAAUUCUGCAAGAUAGCAAGCAAGCAAGGAAACCCAUUGUUACCAGACCAUGAAAACUCUCAAAUCCAUUGAUCUCAGGACACUCAAGCCCCACAAGCUCACAACUGCCUUCUCCACAAACCAAGGUCAGUCCUCUUCUUCACUUUCUCUCUCUAAACCAUCCCAACACACCCUCACUCCACCUUCAACCCUUGAACCCCCCAAUACCCCACCCAUAACCCCACACUCCUUACAAGAAUCAAUCUUGUCUUCUCAGUGGCAUUUCAUCAAACACGUUUCACCCAAUCUCACCCCCACCUUAGUCUCAACAGUCCUUCAUAAUCUCCGUGCAAACCCAGACCUCAUUCUCAAAUUCAUCGACCAAAUCGAACCUCACCGCCUCAACAUUCAAUACCAUUGCAUCGCCAUUGCCAUAAUCUCUCGCCUUCCAUCGCCCAAACAAGCUCUGCAACUAAUAAAGAACGUAUUUAACUUCCGGGUUUCCACGAAUAGGGAGAUUUUCGAUGAGUUAGUGGGUGCCCGAGAGCGAUUAGAUAUAUCGAGCUCAAUUGUGUUUGAUUUGUUAAUUAGGGCGUUUUGUGAAUUGAAGAGAGCUGAUGAGGCGUUAAAGUGCUUUUAUAUGAUGAAAGAUAAGGGUAUAUUGCCCAAGAUUGAAACUUGUAAUGAUAUGUUGAGUUUGUUUCUGAAAUUGAACCGGACAGAGACAGCGUGGGUUUUGUAUGCCGAGAUGUUUAGGUUGAAGAUUAAUUCAACUGUGUACACUUUUAAUAUAAUGAUCAAUGUAUUGUGUAAAGAAGGGAAAUUAAAGAAGGCUAAAGAAUUUAUUGGGUACAUGGAGGGUUUAGGGUUUAAACCAAAUGUUGUUACUUACAAUACCAUCAUUCAUGGGUAUUGUUGGAGGGGGAACCUUGAAGGGGCUCGUCGGCUUUUUGAGGUAAUGAAAGCUAAAGGGAUCAUGCCAGAUUCGUAUACAUUUGGUUCACUUAUUAGUGGUAUGUGUAAGGACGGAAGGGUUGAGGAGGCAUCUGUGUUUCUUGAGAAAAUGGAGGAAAAUGGAUUGUUUCCAACUGCUGUGACAUAUAAUGCUUUGAUUGAUGGAUAUUGCAACAAAGGGAACUUGGAAAGGGCUUUUAGUUAUAGGGAUGAGAUGGCAAAGAAAGCCAUAAUGCCAACUGUGUCCACGUAUAAUUUGUUUAUUCAUGCACUAUUUAUGGAAGGUAGGGUCGUUGAAGCCGAUGAUAUGAUAAACGAAAUGGAAGGAAAAGGAAUGGCUCCGGAUGCCAUCACGUAUAACAUAUUGAUCAAUGGGUAUUGUAGGUCUGGCAAUGCAAAGAAAGCUUUCAACCUGCAUGAUGAGAUGCUUAGUAGAGGGAUUCAGCCUACACGGGUUACUUACACAUCUCUUAUAUACGUUUUGAGCAAGCAGAAUAGAAUGAAGGAAGCAGAUAACUUAUUUAUGAAGAUAAUGGACAAAGGUGUUUUGCCAGAUGUUAUAAUGUUCAACGCACUGAUUGAUGGGCACUGUGCCAAUGACAAUGUGGACCGUGCACUUUGCCUUUUGAAGGAGAUGGAUAGGAUGAAGGUUCCUCCCGAUGAAGUGACAUACAACACUUUAAUGCAGGGUCAUUGCAGAAAGGGUAAAGUUGAAGAAGCUCGUGAGCUUCUUGAUGAGAUGAAGAGAAGGGGGAUUAAACCAGAUCACAUCAGUUACAACACCCUCAUUAGUGGGUACAGUAGGAGAGGUGAUAUAAAGGAUGCCUUUAGAGUUCGAGAUGAGAUGUUAAGUAUAGGAUUCAAUCCAACCCUUCUCACUUACAAUGCACUAAUACAAGGCUUAUGCAAAAACCAGGAGGGAGAUCAUGCAGAAGAGCUCCUCAAAGAAAUGGUUAGCAAAGGCAUUACCCCUGAUGACAGCACAUAUUUUACUUUAAUUGAAGGGAUAGGCAAAGUUGAGAAGUUUAUGGAAAGUAAUGGACUGUGAUCAAGUUUGUUUGCCAAUAAUUCUACCUGUGGCAGAAAGAGAUGUUCCUGAAGUGUUUUCGUCUGGAAUAUUUUUGUUUAGAAACUUUGAAUACAAGCCAAAGGAAAUCUUCUGCCCAGAUCUCACACCAUUGGAAAAUUCUGAAAGUAGACAUGGAAAACUAGAAAGAGUUUCAUAAAAGCCUUACAUCGGCUAUGCACAUGCUUCAUUGUAUGGUUCUACAAGCUUCUUUUCAUUUUUAUGCUUUGUAGGAGUGUAUAUGUCUACUCUGUAUUUUAAAGAUGUUUGAAUUUUGAAAAUUUUAUAGAGCAUACUCAUGCCUAAGGGCUAAGAGUGAAUAUCUGGAGAAAAAACAAUGCUGAAAGGUUUUUAUAAAUUUUGCCUGUGGUAAUUCUUGUC